CUCAGUUGAUGCCCCUAGAGGCGGAUCACGACACAGUCUUCCACUCGCCUUCAGCACCACACCGGACUGAACCCGUCUGCGGACAGCGAUGCUUCUGCAUCCGAAUCUCACCCGUCUCUUCCUCUUCACCGAUUCCUGUCGGUGUCUGUUUCGGGGGAUUCAGCCACGGUUCCGACACGCGCGUGACAACAACCACCGUAUCUGAGUUCACACCGACAAAAGCGCAUUGAAAGUAGAGAGAUCGGCCGUUCUGUCGGACAAAGAGCCGCUGCUACGAUAACUUUGAGGAGCUUCGAGGGGGUUUUGUUUUGGACGAACAGCUGAAGAUUAUUAUAAUCAUGCCUGUACGGAGAGGUCAUGUGGCUCCUCAGAAUACCUUUCUUGGAAUAAUAAUACGGAAAUUCGAGGGACAGAAUAAGAAGUUCAUCAUAGCCAAUGCCCGGGUCCAGAACUGUGCUAUUAUUUACUGUAACGAUGGAUUCUGUGAGAUGACCGGAUUCUCACGGCCGGAUGUCAUGCAGAAACCUUGUACAUGCGACUUCCUGCAUGGCGAGCUAACCAAGAGACACUCGAUUGCGCAGGUGGCCCAGGCUCUCAUGGGGUCAGAGGAUCGGAAAGUGGAGAUUACUUACCAUCGCAAGGACGGUUCAGACUUCCAGUGCAAAACUCACAUCAUCCCAGUGAAGAACCAGGAAGGAGUUGUGAUGAUGUUCAUCUUGAACUUCGAUUAUGUUCUAGACGAGGAGAACAGCGACUCUUUGGAGAGACUGAAACUCAUGCCGCCUGCCAAUUCUGAAAUUAGAAAAGGAAGAUUCUUCCACUUCCGUCUGCCAGCCUUGAAGCUGUUGGGAACCAGCAAGCAGUCUCUUCCGCAGGACGACCCAGACUCAGUGAUGGUGGACUCGCCCAGGGCCAGUGAUGACUCUGUGGCCAUGAUGGACGUCCAGUCUCCUACCAAGGAUGGUUCCAGUCCAGUAGAUGCCAACGACACGCGGGCACUCAUCAGCUCCAGCCUUCACUCCUCCCUGGUCAGCACGUCCGUACCCCUGGACCACUCAUCGCCCAAACAGCCCUGGGACCUGCCCAGUCCGUCUCAAGCACAGUCCACCACCUGCCUGGCCCAGGCCAAAUCUAGAGACAGCAUGUGCAGCAGGAGACGUGCUUCCUCCGUGCACGACAUCGAAGGCCUGAGCACAAACUCCAAACGCAUGUUUACAGACAGACACACAAGUGAAGACCAUGGACGCGGUUUGAAAGAUGCUCUUCUUUACUCUUUACCUUCAGGUCCGUUUAACCAUCUGAAGUCCAGUCUGCUGGGAUCCACCUCAGACUCCAACCUGAACAAAUACAGCACUAUCAACAAGAUCCCACUCAUCGCACUCAACUUCUCUGAAUCCAACGAUAAGAAAGUGCCUUCCCCUCCGUCCUCGGAGAAAACCAUCAUAGCACCAAAGGUCAAGGACAGAACGCACAACGUCACAGAGAAGGUCACACAGGUGUUGUCGCUGGGCGCCGAUGUGCUUCCAGAAUACAAGCUCCAGACGCCACGCAUGGAUAGGUUCACCAUCCUGCACUACAGCCCGUUCAAAGCGGUGUGGGACUGGCUUAUCCUCCUGCUGGUGAUUUACACAGCCAUUCUCACCCCAUACUCUGCUGCUUUCCUGCUCAACGACAGCGAGGAGCAUAAGAGACGGGAAUGUGGCUAUUCCUGCAGCCCUCUGAACCUCGUGGACUUAAUGGUGGACAUCAUGUUCAUCAUCGACAUCCUCAUAAACUUUCGCACCACCUACGUGAACUUGAACGAGGAGGUGGUGAGCCAUCCGGGGAAGAUCGCCAUCCAUUACUUCAAGGGCUGGUUCCUUAUAGACAUGGUGGCAGCCAUUCCCUUCGACCUGCUCAUAUUUGGAUCAGGAUCAGAUGAUACGACCACUCUGAUUGGUCUGUUGAAGACGGCGAGGCUCCUUCGGCUGGUUCGUGUUGCCAGGAAGCUAGACCGUUACUCUGAAUACGGCGCAGCGGUUCUCAUGCUCCUCAUGUGUAUAUUUGCUCUGAUCGCCCAUUGGCUGGCCUGCAUCUGGUACGCCAUUGGAAACGUGGAGAAACCCUACCUGGAGCAUAAGAUUGGCUGGCUCGACAAUCUUGAGGUGUCCCUCGGGAAGAGAUGCAACUCUACUGAGCACUGCUCUGGGCCAACCAUAAAGGAUAAAUACGUGACCGCGCUGUACUUCACGUUCAGCUCGCUGACCAGCGUGGGUUUCGGAAACGUGUCUCCGAACACCAACUCAGAGAAGAUCUUCUCUAUCUGCGUCAUGCUCAUUGGAUCUUUGAUGUACGCCAGCAUUUUUGGGAACGUUUCUGCCAUCAUCCAGCGGCUGUAUUCGGGAACGGCGCGGUACCACAUGCAGAUGCUCCGCGUGAAAGAGUUCAUCCGUUUCCACCAGAUCCCGAACCCACUCAGACAGAGACUGGAGGAGUAUUUCCAGCACUCGUGGACCUACACCAACGGUAUCGACUUGAACAUGGUCCUAAAAGGCUUUCCUGAGUGUUUACAGGCAGAUAUCUGUCUCCAUCUGAACCACAGUCUCCUUCAGGGGUGUAAAGCUUUCAGAGGUGCAACUCAAGGAUGUCUGCGCGCUCUCGCCAUGCGCUUCAAAACCACCCAUGUUCCUCCUGGAGAUACACUCAUGCACUGCGGGGACGUCCUCACCGCGCUCUACUUCCUGUCUGGAGGAUCCAUCGAGAUCCUCAAGGACGACAUAGUGGUGGCCAUUCUGGGUAAGAAUGACAUAUUUGGCGAGAUGAUCCAUCUGUACGCGAAGCCUGGGAAGUCGAACGCAGAUGUGCGAGCGCUCAGCUACUGCGACCUGCACACCAUCCAGAGAGAGGAGCUCCUGGUGGUUUUGGACAUGUAUCCAGAGUUUGCAGACUAUUUCCUCACCAAUCUGGAGCUGACCUUUAACCUACGGGACGAGAAUUCAAAGGCCACAUAUUCACCAGCCAGUGAUUCAGACGGAGAGGAGACCAAGAGCCAAAGGAAGAUCUCCUUUAAGCGUAAACCAUCCAAAGGAGGAAGCCUGAAGGAAACAGACAGAGAGUCUCGUCUCAGCUCGAAGAGAAGCUCAGAGGACCGUCACACCUCUAGAGAGGAACACCAAAGGCUUCUGGGAGCAGAAAUGAUAGAGUAUCCAUUAGUGCAGAGCUACACCUCCACACCGGCCUGCAGUCCACCUGCUGAAGACAUGGAAAAAACUGCGUAUGAUGCUGUUUUAGAUAUCCAGACUGAUGGAUGGUUAGCUGACAGUGUGAAAGCAGACAUGGACACGGCUGCGCAGGAGCAGCACGCAGCUGAAGAUGAUGAUCUGGACUGUGACGUCACGUAUGGAGAAGUGGAGCAGAGACUAGACCAACUGCAGGAACACCUGAGCAGGCUAGAGUCUCAGAUGACGUCAGACAUUCAGAGAAUCCUCCAGCUUCUGCAGAGACAGACAUGUUUGGGACCUCCGGCCUACAGCAGCCUCGCAGCCGGUCCCGAAAACAGGAGACCACCCAUCAGAGCGAAACCUGUGGCUUCUGUUCCCAGCAACCCACAGCACUGCACAGAACAGAACGCUGACUUUUUGGCCAUGACAAACAUCCAUCAUAACCCCAAAGAAUCUCUGUCAGGUCUGGCCCUUACGGACUCCAAGCCAAAGCAGAGCCACGGGACACAGUCCUCACAGGACCCUAGUGUCACCUACCGCUUCACGAACAGCCAGACUCUUCCUCUGACGCGCCAGCAGUCCAGAUCCCUGCUUCCAGUCCAGCACACCACAGCAGCUCUGGAGCUCCACAGACCGCCGUCUGAUCCAGGACUGUACUGACCCUCUCAUCUACUGCAGGGAAACUCCAGGACGUCCCACAGCUCUUCCAGAACUACUUGGAAGAAGCAGGCACUGGGCAAAACUUUAACACUAAUGCCCACCACUGGCUCUUGCCUGUACAUUUGCUUCAUCCUUCUCCUCCUGCGUUACGCUCCUUGAUGCUGUCGAGGAAGAUUUGGAACGGAUUCCUGGUCAACACUUCCAUUUUCAGGAAGUCAAUCUCUUAAAGACAUUUCUUGGAGUGUCUACGACACAUUUCCACAUAUUCUGUGUUCUGAACACUUUUACACUGGUGUAAGACUCAGGACAUUGAUGAUGGUUAAUUUAUCAAACUGGCAGAAUCUCUUCCCUGUUUUAUCAUUAUGAUUCUAAAUUAUCAUAAUCAUAUUUUACACUUCAAUUUGCAGAACCCUGUGGAAUUAUAUACAGUGUGGUCCACUACUUUAUUUUAUUCAUUAUUUUCUAAUUUAAGACAAUGUUUUUCACUACAGUUAAACAGUAUGCUAUACGAAAUAUUUUGAAUAUACUUUUUUAAAAAUAAAAAAAUAUAUAUUCACUUGACAAAAAUAGCAUUACAGUUGAUAAUAUUAUAAAAAAAACUACAAGAACGUCAAACUGCAACAAACCAAAAUUGCCAGACAGAAGAUAAAAAAUGCAUAUUAAUAUUAAUAUAUUUUUUAUUAUUCAUUCAGUGCAUUAGGAAAGAAAUGAAUUUUAUAUUAAAGUUUCAUAUGUAAUUUUUUUUUUUUUUUUUUUUUUUUUUUUUACAUUUUCAAUGUGCUUUUGGUUUUGGAUCCCACUACUGAAAAUUAUUUUUUAUAUUUAUAUGUAUCUUAUUAUAAUUAUAAAUUAUAAUAUUUAGAUAUUUUUAUUAAUAUCAUUUUCUUUUUGCAUUAUUUUCUUAUUUAGCACAUUUUUUUCACUAGAAUUAAACAUCAUGUUAGACAAAACAAUUUGAUUAAAAGUUAAAUUGCAAGAAAACAUAUAAAUGUGCAUUUUUAUUCACUUAUUCAUGAAAUCAUUUUACGUCAUAAAAUUUCAUAUUUAAAUAAAACAAAAAGUUUUCUCAGAGUUUUGGACCACACUGCAGCAGAAUAUUGGUUUGUUUGCAAUUUUUAUUGAUUUUAUUAUUAUUAUUAUUUAUCCUGAUCAGCUGCCAUGUACAUACAUGAUACCCCUCUAUGAAAUGAAAAGAGAUGCAUGGCUGAAGGUUUUAAAUGUUGCAUGUUUACUGCAACAUAUUGGGAAGCAGGUUUACUGUAUGUCAGCAUGUUUCAGAGCUAAUCACUGAAUGCACUCCUCUCUAAUCGACUAGGUUUAUUUGCACAUAGUCAUGCUAGCUUGAACCAAACUCUGCAAGGCAUAAAACACUGGCACUGAUCAGCUUCUCUGCAAGCGCUGCCGUACAAGACAGAUGUGUAAUAACAAUAACAUGGAAUACAAACAUACUUUUUAAUGCAGAUAAACUGUAUUUACACUGGAGUCACAACUGUGGGAAAUAAUGGAUCAUAGACACUCAAAACUAUCAACUAUCAUUCAAACAGAUGCACAGAAAAUAUUGUAGCACAACACAAGGAUUCGUGUAUGAUGUCACUGCUCAGUUUGACAAUACGCCACUGUUUGCAAAGCACACGUUAGUCUCAUAUGUAGCUACGAAUAUAUAUAUGCAUAACAAAAUAUUUCUCAUUACAUCUCAUACAUGUGUCAACUUCUGGUUGAAAGCUACAAUAAUGCUGGCUUCAUUCAAAAUCUUCUUACACACAAAAUCACUUUGUUUUCCAAAUAUUUAAUCUAGAGACGUUUCUGUCACACAUCCUGCUAGCAAUAAUGAAAAACACUGGAUCUUUACACUCAUGACUCUCCUCUAAAAGGUUGAUUUGCUGAGUUGCGUUGAAAAGAUUGUAAUAUUCACUGCCUAACAUCAUAACCUGAGGGGAAAUUUUUGCACCAUUUAAUUUUGUCUUUAAAGUUAGUUUAUACUUUAAAAUAUAUAUUUAUACCCAGUAAUAUAUACUGGAGGUAUUUAUGUGCAAUAACUUAUCUUUUCAAGAUUUUGCAGCUUGAUUUCAAAGUUACAGCUUUGAUUUGAGCUAUUUCAUUUAUGUUUAUACGUCCCUGUAAAUCACUGUAUUUUGGAUUUCAACUAAUCUAGUGAAUUGAAUCAUCAUCGCAUCCAAACAAAUAUCAAAUCUGCAGAUAAAUGCAUUAAAUCUCACUGGAAUUUAAUUCAUUUCUGCAUAAAGGGAUGAUAUCUGCACUUUAUUUUAAAGACUCCAUGCCCUUAUAAUAAAUAUUACCAACUUUGCAUGAAUGUGAGUGUGUAUGAGUGUGUAUGUAUGUUUCCAUCUUUAACUUAUAUGUGGCAUGUUUUGCUGCAUAAAAAUAAUAUAUUUAAGACCGCCAGAAGCAGAGGUGGCAUCUUUAUUUGGACAUAUUUAAAACAUAUAUUUCAAACUGUUGAUAACACUGCAAACGUUUGCACGUAACACUUUCACUUUUUAUCCCAGUGUUUCCACUUUUUUUUAUAGUUUGCACUGUAUAGUUUAUACACCGCAGUACUCUACGGGUGUUUUGAAUGUCUCUUAUUUAAAGAUUUAUUUAUUCUAUAUAUAUUUGAUGCAUUUGCUUUUGGUAAUUAGUUUUGACUAACUGUAUAAAGAAGUAUAUGAAUAAAAGGAAUGCAUAUCAA